AUGCCGUUGUAUAGCAGCAACGAAAUCGACGCAGACUGGCGCUAUUCUAUUGCACAAGAUUUCACCACCUCCAAUGAUCAGCCUUACCCAUACGCUGAUAACGGCCACUUGCAGUGGGGAAAUGAAGUUCACAAGAUUACCUUGAACGGAACAGCGCAUCUUGCUUGUGUAAGUAGUGAUGGAAAGAGACUAGCUCUGGGGAUCAGGCACGACAUUCACGUCGUUGACACCGACACCUGGAAGACUAUUGUAGUCCUCAAAGGACACACCUCAGAGGUCAAUGCCAUCGCUUUCAGACCGGACGAUGCCAACUUCCUGGUAUCGGGUGAAACCGAGGAGUUUUCCGACAACGGGCUCUCAUCUCCACCCGUGAUUAUUUUCUGGGACAUAAACAAAGAAUGCACAAAACGCCCCCACACAGAUGAUCCAUCUGGGGAUGCUGUUCACGCUGCCGCAACAGCUGCAGCUGAAGGUCUAACCAGGAUUGGAAUCAGCCUGGACCAAGACCAGAUCCAAGAACUAAAGACUGGCUUCCAGCCCGUUUUGAAUCGUGUCAUGGCCCGAAACACGGCGGCAGGUCAUGCCACUGUUGAUGGGCAACUACAAGAGCAAUUCCAGUCCAGAAUCUUCAGCCCAUCUGGCAGAUGGGUGGCGUACCGGCCCGUAGAGUCACCUCAAGCAAACGGAGAUGUCCCGUGGGAUAUUCUGAUUGUGGUGUCCACCGACACUCUUGAGAAGAAAUUUACUCUUGGAGGCCAUACCGACGCAAUCAUGUGGAUGGGGUGGAGCCCUGAUGAGACACUAUUCGCUUCCAUCUCAUGGGACAGCUCUAUUCGUAUAUGGGAUGCUGUCACAGGCGAUCAGAAACACUGUUUCAAGACUGAAACCCAGAACUGGACAGGCAAUUUUUCUCCCGACAUGAACUAUUUUGUGGCAACGGACGGGAAUGGCAACGUGAGAAUCUUUUCCUUGCACUCGGGUGAAGUUCACUGGAUCUACGAAGGACAACAAGGCGACGGUUGGAGACGAACUAUAAGCUGGCACCCAAACAGCCAGUGGCUUGCCGUAGGUGGAGAGAGAUUGGGCGAGUUGCUUUUACUCGACGUGGUGGAGAAGAAACUGCUACAGAAAAGAGUUCUAUCAACAGAUGCCUGUACAAGGGAAGAGGAAUAUCGCAAAAUAAUGACGCAGUUUUUGGGGGUGGUAAAAGUGCAGUUUGUCGACAAUGGAAACAAACUGGCAGUCCAGACCUACGGUGAUGGAAGUAUUGAGCUUUACGAUAUCCAACAAGAGGUCAAAUGGAGGUUUGCCAGGGGUGGUACGGAUGACGGACCAGAAGCGCAUGAAUGGAGAGAUGACAAAGGCAAGGUUACAAGCAAAAGAGGUCAUGACAUGGUAGUAUGGGAGGAUCAUCAGAAGGGCGUCCUACGAAUGGCCAGUCUUGACUUUGAUGGUGUUCGCGUCUGGGAAGUGCCGCUGACUCUUUAG